GGUUUUCAGUAAUUUGGAUAUUGACCUAAGAGAUACACUUAAGCUUGCAGAAACUGAAUCAAUACUUUGGGCUGAGGCUCGGGAGAUGAAAACUAAACAGGCUCCGCAGCAGACAGAGGUUUUGAAUUGUCAGCCGAGGGUCGGUCGUUGGUGCUUCAUCGAUGGUUCCUGUAAAGAUAAAGAACCUUAUUCAGAUCAAAGGGGGUAUAUCAUACUUGAGGGUUUUCAGGGAUUGAUGGGUGCAAGGAAUACUAGGGCAUGUCUUUCACCCCUUCAUGCAGAGAUAGAAACGCUGAUAUGGGCAAUUGAAUGUAUGAGGAAUUUACAUCAGUUUCAGGUUACUUUUGCUACGAAUUGUUCUCAAUUGGUGAAGAUGGUUUCGGAGAGUCUACGCAGAGUCUGUUUGUUGUUGACCCAAAAAAAAAAAGACACGUAAGAAACUGAUUUUCAAAUAGUAUUAUAGAAAUUUGUUAAUUUUGAAAUCUGUUAUGUUGAUUGGAAUCUGCCAUUUUUGUGGAGAGAAAGAGAAAAAGGAGGAAAAAUAACAAUUCCCAGCUCAGGCCCAAAAGGAGGAAAAAGGAUACAACAAAAAAAGGAAAGAAAACGAACGUAACAAAAGAUAUAUAAAAGAGUAAAAUUAGAAACCGGAAAAAUAGGAGAAGAUCCAAAAAAAAAACCUUUUUGAUUCUCUUCUCUCUUGCAAGAACCCAAAAUCACAAAUCUAAAUGGCCGAUAAGAAGAAGAAGGUGUGGUUUUGGGGAGAUAAUGACGGCGGAGGAGGAGGAACGGGGAAGGAGGCGGAAGAUGACAUGGCUGGCCAUCUGUCUCGAGACGAGACAAUGAGCCAAUACAGCCAUAGCAAAGGCCUUCUUCCUUCUCUCGGAGCCACCGCUCGUUCUUCCCUCCGUCCCUUCAUCAUCUCUCCAUUCGAUCCUCGCUACAGAGCAUGGGAGACGUUUUUGGUGUUUUUGGUGCUCUACACAGCUUGGGCGUCGCCUUUUGAAUUUGGUUUCUUGCAAAGGCCAAGAGCACCUCUCAGUAUCCUCGACAACAUCGUGAACGGAUUCUUUGCUAUCGAUAUAAUCCUGACAUUCUUCGUUGCCUUUCUCGAUAAGGUAACGUACCUCCUCAUUGACGAUCCAAAGAGAAUCGCUUGGAGAUAUGUCUCCACUUGGUUUGCUUUCGAUGUGAUAUCCACGUUCCCUUACGAAAGCUUCGGUAGCUUGCUUCACUCGAGUAUUCAAGGGUAUGGCAUUUUCAGCAUGCUGCGCCUGUGGCGUCUCCGGAGAGUCAGUAACUGUUUCGCCAGGCUAGAGAAAGAUAGGAGAUACAGCUACUUCUGGGUUCGAUCCACGAAGCUUCUCCUCUGUACUCUUUUUGUGAUUCACUGUGGUGCUUGCUUCCUCUAUUCCAUUGCUUCGCAUUAUCCAGACCCUUCCAAGACGUUCAUGGCGUUAACCGAUGAGAACUGGAAACAGUCUCCUCUGGCUGUGCAGUAUAACACGGCCAUGUACUGGUCCAUUACUACUUUCUCAACAACGGGUUAUGGUGAUAUACAUGGUGUUAAUUCGAAAGAGAUGACUUUCAUUCUUUUCUACAUGGUCUUUAACCUUGGAUUGUCAGCUUAUAUUAUUGGUAACAUGACCAACUUGGUGGUUCACGUCACCAGUCGCACCAGAAAAUUUAGAGAUACCAUCCAAGCCGCUUCGGGGUUUGGUCAAAGGAACAAUUUACCAGUGCGGUUGCAAGAUCAGAUGGUAGCUCAUUUGUGUUUGAGGUACAGAACCGAUUCAGAAGGCUUACAGCAGCAAGAGAUCAUCGAUUCACUUCCCAAAGCUAUACGCUCCAGCAUAUCUCAUUAUCUGUUUUAUGAAGUUGUUGACAACAUUUACUUGUUCCAUGGAAUAUCCAACGAUCUUCUUUUCCAGUUGGUCACGGAAAUGAUAGCAGAGUAUUUUCCUCCGAAAGAAGAUGUGAUUUUGCAGAACGAAGCACCAACAGACUUUUACAUAUUGGUGACAGGUGCUGUUGAAAUAAUUGCACGUGUAAAUGGAGUAGAGCAGGUAGUUAGUGAAGCACAAGGAGGGAAUGUUUUUGGCGAAGUUGGGGUGCUUUGUUACAGACCGCAGCUGUUUACUGUUCGUACCAAGCGAUUGACUCAGUUGCUUCGCCUGAACCGUACGACACUCUUAAAUCUUGUUCAGGCAAACGUAGGAGAUGGAGCAAUUAUCAUGAAUAAUCUUCUUCAGCAUUUAAAAGACUCGGGAGAUCCAGUGAUGAAAGGCAUUUUGGCUGAUACAGAACACAUGUUGGCUCAGGGGAAAAUGGAUUUGCCUCUCAGCUUGUGUUUUGCUGCAGCCAGAGGAGAUGAUUUGUUGCUGCAUCAGUUACUAAGACGAGGCUCAAACUCUAAUGAAAUGGACAAGAAUGGGAGAACUGCACUGCAUAUAGCAGCAUCAAGAGGAAGCCAAUACUGUGUCGUUUUACUACUCGAACAUGGAGCAGAUCCUAACAUUAGAGAUUCAGAAGGCAAUGUGCCCUUGUGGGAAGCAAUCAUAGGGGGGCAUGGCGAGAUUGCAAAGCUCCUUGCUGAAAACGGGGCAAAGCUAAGCUUAGACUCAGUGAGCUAUUACUCAUGCUUAGCCGUGGAAAAACACAGCUUAGAAGCACUCAAAGACAUCAUCAAAUACGGCGGUGACAUCACACUCCCUGACGGAACCGGAACCACAGCCUUACACAGAGCAGUCUCAGAAGGACACGUGGAGAUUGUGAAGUUCUUGUUAGACAAAGGUGCUGAUCUGGACAUGCCGGAUUCUUACGGCUGGACGCCACGAGGUCUCGCCGAGCAUCAAGGGCAUGAAGACAUCAAAACAUUGUUUCAUAAUCACAGGCCGGUGGAGAAGAAACCGCAACGUAUCCCUGGAACACCUGAGUUUCCUGUUACGGGAAAGCCACUGAUGAAGCAUAGCAGUGAGCCUACACUGCCACAUUCAGGAGAAGUACCUCUUGUCCAAGAGGGAGGCCAGCUUGUGGUUUCUCAGAGACGGAAACUCAGUAACUUCAGAAACUCUCUCUUUGGAUUCAUGUCGGCUGCAAACACUGGUGAUGAUGGAGGAGAAACUACAAGAAGCUCAGUAGGAGGAGGUGCAUUUUAUCCUUCUAGAGUCACGAUUAGGUCGUCUGAAAACGGUGAACUUGGUGGCAAAGUGGUAAUAUUACCGAAUUCUAUGGAAGAACUAUUGAAAGUUGGUGAAGAAAAGAUGGGUUUCCUCCCAACCAAAGUACUUACGAGGGACGGUGCCGAAAUUGACGACAUCACUCUUAUAAGAGAUGGUGAUUGUCUCAUUCUUGCAAGAGAUCCUUGAUUGAUGCAGAUGCAACAACUUCUCUUUUUAACCAAAAAGACUGAUUUUGUCAAGCUGAAUGAGAUUUAUAGUAAUGAUAUGAUGGAGAUAUAUGAGUGCAUAACGUAAGCCCCAACCAACUCUUUAUUUUUUUGGGAUUGACACAAUUUUUUUGAAUUUUGUUGCUUUGUAUAUAUUUAACUGUUGCCUACUAACUAUGUUUCAUAAUAUGUAUACUCAAAAAUGAUUGCCGAGUAUAUACUACCACAAGUCAAAACAUCUUUUUUUUUUUUUUAAUAAUGUCUAUAGAUGUUUUGACUUACUCCAAGUCUAAACAUCUAUAGACAUUAUUAAUGUACUAAAAUCUACACUUGGCAGCAACUUAGAGAAGAGGCUAUAGUAUGUACUUGGAGUAAGAGUGUUUGGUUUGCGAAUGGAACACCAAAGUACGCUUUCUUGAUGCGGUUAGCGAUUCAAAAUCGACUCACUACUGGGAAUAGAAUGGAAAGAUGGAAUGCAAAUGUCAAUACGCAGUGUGUCCUCUGUCAAAGUAACCAAGAAACUCGGAAUCAUUUGUUCUUCUCAGAUUUGGAGGCCAUUAAUGAGUGGAAUUAUGGGAGAUGUUGGAGGAUGGGCCGUCGGCUUAAGAUUAGAAGUCUCAACUUUUAGAUUAAACAUUGAAAUAUAACGAGACUAAACAAUGGUUGGCUU